AGCCACCCCUGUUGCGGCAUGAUGAAGUAGUCCGCUCUGCGCGUACGCACGCGCUCGUGCUAUAAAUUCCUUAGAGCGCCGGAAGAGAUGGAGCUGUCGGGUUUAACAUAGUAGAGUUGUAGUGUAGAAGACGUAGCUGUCUACCACCGCGUGGGCGCGUCUCGUGCGCCGAGAAGCACUGUUCAACAGCGCAGGGUAAAGAUACCAGUCUCCAACUUUGUUCCGGCAUCAUCUGACAGCUCAGUUCAAAAAUGUCGGCCGUGUCGCUGCUUCACGGCACCCUCCCAGGUGAUUCUGCCCCGAUCAUGGCGCCUGACAACCUGCCCAGCUCGUGGUCACUGGCAGACACCAUGAAGGCAGCACUCUCAUCGACAGCCAACCAGCUUGUCCCCACGCCGCGCCGUCUCGCAACCCAGGCGCAGGUCCAGCAAAACCGCAACGCCAUGCUUCUCGACGAGAACGACCACGUUGGUGUCAGCUUUUGGCUGGUCGCAUCCAGCAUGUCGGCGUGCUCGGUGUUUUUCUACGUCCAGGCUGCUUUGGUGCCAAGGGAGUGGGCUGUGAGCAUGCUGAUUGCCGGGAGCGUCACCGCGGUUGCCUUAUCAAAUGUAAAUAUGUCUGGUUUUGGACGGAUGCGAACUUGUGAUGCUCGUGCUCCGUCGGGAUUCUACAAAAAUCUGUGUUGCAUGAACAGCAAACGAGGUCCAGUUUUUGCUAAUUGUUUGCGAGAGGGCAUUUCUCAUGCGGUAUGUGCAUCAGAAAGCCCUCACAAAAUCUGUGAUGCUUGGGCAUGCAUCACAGACAUCAGGACUCAUGCAAAAUGUGCAUGACAUUCCAGACCCAGACGUACUUGUUUGCAUUUGAUAUGCCUGGAUCCAGUACGAAAAUCAGAAGGACGUGUGGCAAGAGAGCCGCGAAGCACCUAUCGUGGCCAGAUAUAUGGACUGGUACUUAGGAGUACUAGUAAGUACUUGCAGCGGCAGCACUAAUAGGGAACUUCAGUUUAUACACACAACUUCGGUGCCGCCAAAUACGAGUGAAAACCACAAAGCAUUAGCAUAUCACUUUGUGAACCCCCAGCAAAAAAUGCAAGAAAUAGCGAUUUUAUCUUUUCCGCACAACAUUCUAAAACAGGAUCAUCACGGUGCCGCUUCAAAUCCUGGAAUUCUACAUCCUUUUGAGCGUCGCAACUCCUCCAGAUAAAGAUCCGGUUAGCCUGGCUUUGUGCGCAAGAUUAGUGGGCUCCGGCGUCGCCAUGCUGGCAUUCGGGUAAAAAAGAAUGUCCUGAAGUUUUUGUUUGUUUCUGUGUCCUGCAAGGCCCAACGAACUUAUUACUAUGCUGGAGCGGCCUCGGCCACGGUCAGCAUUACUAGAAGUUUCAUGAUUCUGAAGUGUAAGCAGGCUACCCUUCGUCUUCGCGAAUUCAUUUUGAAACAAUAAAUCCAGUUACAUGGGCGAGACAGAGAUCAUGUCGCUCUGGCCGGCUUUCGUCACGGGAUGCGCGUGCUGGCUGUACAUUGUCUGGGAACUGUACUACGGGGAGGCAGCGGGUUUGGCAAAUCAAUUGUCUGUCGACGAAGCAAAGAAGUUCCUCCAACAGAUGGAAGAGCGGGAACAGGCGGAAUUGCGCGUAGCAGAGCAAGUACUGAUAGAACAGUCAAGGAAGGAAGAAGAAGCCGGUAUAAUCGUGCUUUUACUUAUUUUGAUUUUUGCUCUUGUGGGCUUUUUCCGUCGUGCUCGUGCUACAAUUGGAUGAUCAACGUGCAACAGUAAUAUGAGUACAGUAGCCUCCGCUAUUAUGGUGCGAUAGUAGAGCUAAGAAAAAAGCAAAUAAAAACUCUUCUGAAUUAACAGAAGCGGAGAGGGAAAACGGCGCCCGACCUGGAAAGGAUCUCGACACUUUUUUGACGACCGGGUCUCUUGAGGGUAAUAUGGUGCCUAAAGUGGGACCGGGGUCUGUGAGAUGUUGCGCCUGAAUUUUUUUGCCUACAAAUGAUGUCAGAGCGUGACACGAUGAAUAACUUUUCAUGUAUUGGAGAUGAUAAUCUUUUCUUUGACACGAAAAGUAAAAGCACAAGUGAUACGUAUGUAUUUCAUUCUCUCCAGAAAAUUCCCCCGUCCCUCAAAAACCCCUUCCAUAACCGCACCAAAGCGCUCGAAGCCAGCACCAAAAGCAGUGGUGAUCAAGCGAGACAAGUAUCAGCUGGACGAGCGAGAAUUUGUGAAGCCCAUCGCCGAGCAAGCGUUUGACGCCUUGCGGAUGAUCUUUCUCUUCGGUUGGGCGAUCUACCCGGCGAGGUAGGUUAUGAUUCAUUUUGGGAGUUCUUUUCUAAGUAGGAUAUAAUUCAUUUUUUCUUCUUGCGCCAUCUCGAGGGGCAGACGUAGGGCACGAAAAUGUCCGAGGAUCAUGCUUGGUCGUGCAAUUUCCCAAUCAUCUUGAAGCUAUGUACGUCUACCUCUACCGCUCGUGAAAGAAACAGAAAAUACAAAUACCCCGUAGUUACGCGUGGUACCACCUCGGCGACGACGAUAGCAAGGAGGACCGGUCAAAUGCCAUGAACGCACUGUACAAUCUCGGCGAUCUGGUGAACAAGAUCGCGUUCGGUAUUGCCGUCUACUCCGCCGCCGGCAGUGAGGAGCAAAUGCAGAAGCAGAUGGAGCACCGGGUCAUCCGGUUGGAAAUGCGCAUCAUGAAGGACUGGAUGCAGCAGCUGAAGUCCAUGGGCAUCGUGCACCGGAAGUUCCGCGGCGACUUGAAAUCCUGGCUAAACCUGGACGGGGAGAGCCAACAGAGCCAGGCAAACAACAAGGAAGUCGGGGGCAAACCGCGGGUGGCGCCGCCGACGGGAAACAACGGAGCGGGGGGUAGCGUCGUCGGUGGCUCCAGUUUAGUGGGCAGAAUCGGACCCAGUGCGGCCACGAGCGGCGGCUUUGGCGCAGGGAAAGCAAAUAUGAUGAAUCCACGUAAAAACAAUGCUGCCUAAUAUACUUUUGCGUAGAUGCAACAACUUGCUCAAGAAUCACAUGGUUGUACUUUAGGACUUCUAGAAUUUUUACCUAGCAUCUCCAUGAUCUCGCAGUGGAGGUCCUACUUAGCUCAAAAAAGAGGAAGUAGUGUCGACACAUUGCUCUCGACAAGCAGCUAUCUUUUCAAACAUAUUUAUUAGAACAAUAUGUGAAAAACACUAUCAGCCAUGCUGUUAUCCGGCGCUGCGGGACUGAGUGGCCAGCAAGGAGCCACGACCCAACAACUCCCUGGUAGUAGUACCGCGGCAGCUGCAGGCGCAAGUCCCCCAGCGCCAAUGAACGCGCUGACAACCAGCAACUUCCAGUUCACGGCUGGUGAUCAGCUCAACUUUUCGAGUACUUCGAUGGGAAUGAUCAACAACAACCAGCGGUCUAUGCAGCCGGCGCUGUUCACCAUGGACAACCCCGGCACUAGCAACGAUAGCAUCUACCACGAUGUGGUCAACAAAACGAUUGGUCCCAACGAGAUGCUGAACUACACUGGUGGCAAUGAUACGAGUGACGACGGUUCUCGCGGCAAUGGUAAGUGGAGUGAGCAGGAGUGGGAGCAGUGGAAGCGGGAUAAGAAUCAAUCCUCAUGGAGCAACUGGACGGACGCCGAGUGGGAGGGGUGGCGAAAAAACAAGGAAACCGGGGCAAGUAACGGAGCAGCUGAAUAUGCCGGUAAUGAUAACAAUUACUCUGGCUAUUAGAUGACGAUCUAGAUCUGUAGUGGCUAUUAUCGAAGUUGUUGAGGAAGAAGGAUAAGUAGGAAUAAGGAUAUCAAUUCGCGCUGCGUGAUUUAAAAUUUGUUUUCGCGCACCGUAACCGUCGCGUCGUCCUCUCUAACUGCAAAAGUUCGAGUUGUAGAUUCUACAAAUAGGGAUGGCGAUGCUUUGCGUAGAAAUAAAUACAGAAAACCGAUUACCAAAAUAGUGCAACUAUAUAUAAGGCUGCAAGUGCAAUUGGCUGCAAGUGAACAGUCAAAACUAUCAAAAUAUCAAAGACCAAGGAACGCGUGGUAAGGUGAAUUAACAUAGACAAAUCAAAUCCAAGGAAGAAAUCGAGCCCUGUCGUGUGUUGAAUCGUCUCCGAUAUGAUAUUGAAGUGAGACGACAGACUAGAAAAUGUGUUAAAACAAAAAGCAUGACACUUCUUUUCAAUAGUAGCAUAGGCUCUAGAGUAGAUGACAGAAGUAAAAAAGUACUUACCUAUAUGCUAUGAUGAAAUCUUUGAAUGAUGUGCAUAGUAAGAAAGAACGCAGUUGUGCGUGUCCUCGUGCUCGUGUUUCACCGAAAAAGAACUUCUACCUACCCACCCCUAUUUCUGUUGUCUGUGGGCAGUUGCUGUGUUGUCUUCCGUCGUUUGUCUUCUUUGAGUGCAGAUCUUUACAGCGCUGCUUGCCCUUGCUUUCACUUUCUUACUGCGACUGUUUUCCUUUCCUACGUUUUCAUUAUACCUGAUUUCUUUUACCUCCAGGUGCUACAUCUUUCACUUCGCCCUAAAGCCGGCGCCCUGAGAGCCCUGAGAGUCUUUUUUUUCUCGUCCGUAGACGGCUCUUCUCGUUUUCUCAAAAAUAGACCGCCACCGGUACCACUGCUUCUACACGAGCGCGUCAAGUUGGGGGCCUGCGCCGGAGACGGAGUGGCCUGGAUUCACAUACCGCAAAGUUUUGCAGCAGCAGCGCCGAGCGUCGCUGGAGAGAAUCAACCUUGACCCGGAAAGAAGACGCAGCCGGCUGGAAUUGGGGUUGGUUUUCAAAGACGAAGACAAAAAAUACCACACGGCCGUACCGGGAGGUGAGCCGUCUGAUGCUCCUGCAAGUAGUACAAGAACACAACCUGCAGCCGCACCAUCGUCGUCCUUCCCGAGACCACAAAGUUGCCAAAGUCACGAAGGUGUUGGCAAAAGGCACGAAGGUAUUGAGUACAGUGAAGACUGCACGUUUUUUGAAAGCGGCGACGAAGACGAGGUACACCAGACCGACAGAGUCAAAGUCAUCCACCUAACCAGUCACGCCGACGACACCAGGAGCGGGCUUGCCGAUGCAGGGAUGAACGGAGCAUUUGCUUUCGCGGGCUCCGUUCAACAUUUUGUAGUUCCCGUUGCUUUUGCAGACGGUGGCGCUGGUGCCGAGCCUCAACUUUCUCCACCGCCAGAGAAUGAAAUUGAAAGACGUUUGUCCGCAUUAAAUCAAGAAGAUGCUUUUCUUGCGACCCAUGCGGAGGGCUACAACCCUUGUCCUUCCGUAGGUUCCGACACAGCUUCUUUCCAGAACAAAAAUACCGCAAUCAACCAGACGCCCACUUUCGGCACCUCCGCGUCUACUUCCCUUUUCGGGCCGGGAUCUCAAAGCCACAAGCCGAGCGCUGGCUUCUCUUCCAAUACCGGAACAAAUAAAAGCUAUAAACUACACCCACAAUCAGAAUCACCAGCCUGCGCCACAGCAACUCCAAGUUUACCGUACCGCGAGCGCGCCGCCGACAUUUCUCCGCCGCCGCUACCUCGAUCGAAGGUACCAGAGAGCCGCGAGAAAGAUAGCUGGUGUGUCGACGUUCUUUCUUCCGGCAACACAAGAAAUGACUCUAUCACAGCACACGACAAGCACCAGGGGGUAUCAGACCAGCACGAGCUCGCGCGGUCAGAGCUACAGAAACUCCAGGAAGAGAAUUUACUGCUGCAAAAGCGCGACAGCCAGAGUCGACGAAAAAGUGAUCUUCUGUGGGACCGCAUACAAAAAUUGAUGUUAGUGGUGGAAGCGCAGCAGAGCGAAAUUAAGAAUUUUAGUGGUGCCAGCUAAGUUUAUAAUUGCAUGCAACGGUAUGGCUAUGGACCGCGUCUCGCCCUCGAGCAGUUGUUGUGUACAAUAAUCAGAAAGAUGUGCUGCCUGCAGUGCAAGUGCAAUCAUCCUGGUGCAAAACCAGACCGUGAGUGAAAAAGCAAUAAGCAACAUUUUGCAAGAAGAAGGACCUCGACCUUCAUGCAGCAUAUAUAACCGAAAAGAAUGUUCUUUUAGCAGUGGUGUGCCAUUGGAU